CCUCUACACGCUUCUUCCCCCACAGCCUGCAAACAUCUCUCUCUCCUCGCGGGUCUCCCGCCCGCCGCCUUUCUUGCGCCCUCAACCUAGCCCCGGCGCCGGCAGAAAGACAAGUCGGCCAGCCGGCCUCCGUUCCCAUAUCACAAUGAAGAGUGCCCGUGGUAGCAGCUCUUCCUUCCAGGGUGCCAGUGCCAAUGGUGUGGAUCUCAGUCUUACAGGGCUGCCCAUGCAAGUGCUUCAGCGCCCAAGCAGUGCCUCUCCAGGCAAGCACAUUGCUCGUUCCAUCUCUGUCAUUACUGAAAACAAGCCCAAGAGGAAUAUCCUAGAAGAUGCAGGGCUUGGCACCUCCAGAGCUAUGAACAAUUUACGAAGAUCCAAUAGCACGACUCAGGUUAACCAGCGUGUGAACGGUGCCUUUAGCAGUGUAGAGCAGCACGGAGACUUCCUGACUUUGUUUGAAAGCAGCUCAGGUGGAAGAAAGAAACUAGCAAGUCUGAGCAAAGUCUCCCCGGAAAAGAAAACAACAUGGAACAUCCUGGAUGAGCAGCCCAGAACAUUUCCUGUCCCAUCCAGCACUCAAGAGGCCCCUGCAGGCAUGAGGAAGAAGGAAAUCUAUGUGCCACUUGCAGCCAACUUCACUGCAAAUAACAGGAGUAACAAAGGUGCAAUGGGCAACUGUGUAACCACCAUGGUGCAUAAUAACUACUCCACUGCGGACAAGGCAGCUGCACCCAAGAGCUCCAACCAGGCCACAACCUCCCUCAAUAACAUUAUCAAAGCCACUUCCAAUGAAGACACCGAGAGUAGCAGCUACAUGAAGUCCCAGAAAAACUUUUCCAGCAGCAAUAUCCUGGCUCGGAACAAUAAUAACAGCAGUAGCAGUAACCCCCUCAGGAGGCAGGAAGUAUCGGAGGAGGAGGCUGAGCGGUUUAUUAACCAGGUCAACCUGGCCGCCGUGAUGAUACAGCGCUGGUACAGACGACACUCGCAGAGGCACAAGGAAGGUGCAGCCCAGCUCAGGCACUUAUUAGCUUCCAAAAGAGAGGAAAGGCAGCAGCAACUCACAGAGGAGGGCAACAUGUUGGAUUUGCAGCGGAGGCGAGAUGAGGAGAGGAAGAAGAUUCGAGAGGAGAAGGCGCGUCUUGCCAGACGAGCAGCCAUCCAGGAGCUACAGCAAAAAAGAGCCCAGAAAGUCUUGGAUACGCAACGCUUGGUUGAGGAGGAGCUGGCCGCAAUGAAAGAAAGCAAGAAAACCAGAAGAAGAAAACCUGAGAAGGCUGGCUCUGUGAAGAAUGCUAGCCCUGCCAACAGCAUCAUCAAAGCCAACAAUGCAGAUGCCAACUUCCACUUGGCAGCUGCAGAUACAGAAGAACAUUCUGCUGGGGCUUGUCUGUCUGGCCCAGGACAAAACAAACUACCUGAAGAUCAGCCACAGGAUGUCAGCUCUGGAAAGAUGGGCAGUGAAGACUUGGAGACUAUUGUCACUGCGGCCAGCAGAGCACAGUCCAAAGUGACCCUUAAUGAGCUACUGGAUACCUUAAAGUUGUUGGAGGAGGAGCCAGAGUUGCCACCACAGCCCAAGGCCUGCAAAGAAGAUAAAUAUCCUUGGGUAGAUGGGGAGGCUGACUCAAAUUCUCUUACUGCUGACAACCUGGAGAAAUUUGGGAAACUGAACUACUCUCCGGGAGUCCCUGAGGAAGGCACGCUGCUCUCGGAAGCCAAACUUCAGAGCAUCAUUAGUUUCUUGGAUGAGAUGGAGAAAUCUGAGCAGGAGCGACCUAGGUCUGCUGCCUCUGCUUCACAGCGAGAGGGGCUCUUGUCAGAAGAAGAGCUAGCUCACCUGGAGCAGGCAUCAGCAGUUGCCACAGAGGUUACCAGCUCCAUCAUGCGCCUGAAGCUGGAGGUAGAAGAGAAGAAGAGAGCCAUCACAUUGCUACAGACAGCACUGGCACAGCAACGGGAGCUGACUGUACGUCAUGUCAAAGGGACAGAGAAAGAGCUGAGCCGCCAGCUGGCACUACAGAGGGAGCAGUAUGAAGCAGCUAUCCAACGGCACCUAGCCUUCAUUGACCAGCUGAUUGAUGAUAAGAAGACUCUGAGCGAGAAAUGUGAAGCGGUGGUGACUGAAUUGAAACAAGUGGAUCAGAAAUACACGAAGAAAAUUGCCCAGAUGCAGGAGCAGCAUGAGCUGGUUUGGCGCACUCUGGGCCCCCUCUGUGAGGAAAUAAAGAAGCUGAAGGAACUCAUGAGUGCCACAGAAAAGAUCCGCCGGGAGAAAUGGAUUGAUGAGAAAACCAAGAAGAUCAAAGAGAUCACUGUUAAAGGUCUGGAGCCUGAGAUUCAGAAGCUUAUUGCUAAGCACAAGCUAGAGAUCAAAAAGCUGAAAACGCUGCACGAAGCAGAGCUGCUACAAUCCGACGAGCGGGCAGCCCAGCGCUACGUACGCCAGACGGAGGAGCUGAGGGAGAUGCUGGAGCAUGAGAAAGAAGAGCAGGGGCAACGAGAGAGAGAGCUGGCAAGGCAACGGCCAAACCAAGGAUACAGCACCCUUGGUAAGACCCUCUCUGAAAGAGUCCCUCCACACAGGUAUGAGAAACAACUGGAGCAGGAGGAACAGGCUCUGCAGCAACAGAGGCGCCGACUGUACAAUGAGGUGGCUGAGGAGAAAGAAAGGCUCAACCAGCAGGCAGCCAGGCAGAGGACUGAGUUGGAGGAUCUCCGGCGGCAGCUGGAAGAGAACAGCUCUGUUGUUACCAAAGCUCUGAAGGAGGAAUAUAAGAAAGGGAAGGAGGAGCAGGAGCGACGCCAUCAGGCAGAGGUGCAGGCCUUGAAGGUGCAGCUAGAGAUGGAGAAGCAGGCCUGGGAGGCCAACUACCUGAAGAAGGAGGAGGCCUGGCUGCUCACACGGGAGCGAGAGCUGAGGGAAGAAGUGCGGAAAGAGAGGGACAAGGAGAUUGAACUGGUUAUUCAGCGGCUAGAAGCUGACAUGUCCUCUGCUAAGGAAGAGUGUGAGAGAGCCACAGAGAACAGAAUAAAGAGAUUGCGGGACAAAUAUGAAGCAGAGCUGCAAGAACUGGAACGGUCAGAACGCAAACUCCAAGAGCGCUGCAACGAAAUGAAGGGACAGCUCUCGGAGGCAGAAGGCGAGAAUUUUCAUCUGCGAGGUCUGCUGCGGCAGAAGGAACAGGAGACAGAGGAUAUCCGAAAGGUAGCGGAUCAACUAAGUCAGGAGCGCAGCAGCCUCUCUGAGGUCAUCCGGCAGGAAUUUGCAGAUCGGCUGGUGAGCACAGAGGAGGAGAACAAGCGGCUCAAGACAGAAAUGGCUGAGCUUCGUGCCCGGCAACGCUUGGAACUGGACAGAGUGAGGAGGGACAAAGAGGAGGAGCUGGAAGAAGUGCAUAAAAGAGUGAAGACAGCAAUUGUGAAGAAAGAGGAAGCAGUAAACAGCCUUCGAAAACUACACGAGGCGGCCGUGAAGAGGGCAGACCACCUAGAGGCCCUUUUGGAGCAACAGCGUAAGCAGCUGCUAGCAGCCAAGUAGCAGCUGCACUGGUACCAACAGCCCUGCAAGGGCAGAGCCAGUGAUCACGGACAGCAAAAGAAAUGUGCCUGUCGUGGUCCACAAGAGACUUAAGAUAAAACGAACACUAAUCUGUAUGUGGGUUGGGGAGGGAUCCCCUCUCCCCCUUUUUUUAAAAAAAUAUUUUUUUUAACCUGUUUCUUUACUUGUGCCUGAGAUGUGACCUCUGGGUGGUAUCCCAGUUCUUGCCAAUGUAUUUUAACAGUAAAUCCAGCUGAUUUGUAAGA